AUGGCUGAGGAGGAUCAUCGAUGGAUGCUGGUUACCGGCAUGUGUUCAGACUUCAAAAUCAUCUGCGAGGACGAAGAGAUGCUCGUACAUAAGGCCGUACUCGCCAUGCACUCUGAGUACUUUAGAGCCCUUUUCAACAAUGACUUCGAGGAAAACAAAAACGGCUUCGUAGAUUUUCAGGACAUCGACCCGGGGCUUAUGCUUGACCUUCUCGACUAUUUCUACAAAGGCACCACCGAGUGGGACGUUCCCAAGGUUGACACGGCCCUACAUAUCCGUCUCUGGAUCCUCGCCAAUAGACUCGAGGCGAGGACAGUCAUGCUUACCAUUGAGAAGCGAAUGAUGGCCGAGUUGAAGACCUUCAGCGGCAAGAUCCGCGUCGCCCAUGCCGAUAUCCUUGGCCUGGUCUUCACGAACUUGGCCUGUGCAAAAUCUGCCUUGGGGUACAUAAUUGGCGAGGCUGCUUAUGUGUUGCUCCUGGAUCCGAAGCGUGCUGGGUCCGCUACCGAAGUGAACGAUGCGUGUUCCAGACACCACAAUCUAUCAAACAUGAUGCUAUUCUGGUCUUCAAGAUACGCCAAGUUUACUGAUCAUGACGGCUUAGCCCUAUUAUCAGCCAAAGUUGGGAAUGUCAGGGACGACCUGAUCGUGGAGAAGUUCACAAAGUAA